AUGUAUUAUCCAACUUUUGUGCAAUCAACACCUGCCGGAACAUGGCCGAAUACAUAUCAAAUCAAUCCUCAACAGCAACAACAAACUAUACCUACUGUAUAUUAUCAAGUACCUACAGUUCCUGUUCCCUCUCUGCCUACUACAACAGUACCUGAAGUCUUUGUUUCACAACAACAAGUACCUACUGUAUAUUAUCAAACACCUUCAGUUGCUGUUCCUUCUCUACCCAGUAUAACAGCAUCUGAAGCCAUUGUUUCACAACAACAAGUACCUACUAUAUAUUAUCAAACACCUUCAAUUGCUGUUCCUCCUCUAUCCAGUACAACAGCACCUGAAGUCACUGUUUCACAACAACCAAUACCUACUGUAUAUUAUCAAACACCUUCAGUUACUGUUCCUCCUAUUCCGACUACAACAACUUCUCAAACGAAUAUUCAACAACAACCGCACAGUACUUCGACAACAACAACAAAAACAACAACAACUCGAAUACUCAAUUCAACAACUUUACCAACAAUAGACAAAAAUUUUGUUACUGAAGAAAUAAAAACUACAAUAACUGCUACAAAACCAGAAACACCAGCAAUACAAACAAUCACUACUUCAACAGCUACAAAUGUUCCUCAAGUAACAACCGUUGAAACAACUACAAUUCCAGAAAGACCACAAAAUCAAUCUCGUCGUCUAAAAAGUCUUUCAACAUCGACAUAUUCAAGUAGUCCAACAAUUUCUACUCAUUCCACUAUUACUCCACAACCUGAAAUUGUCAAACAACCGGUUCUUGUUCUUCCACCACAAAUACCUAUUCAAACAACAACAACAGCAACUAUACCACCACAAAUACCUAUUCAAACAGCAACUAUAGUCCCACCUGUACAUCGUGUCAUACAUCGUCCAUAUGAUCAUCGACCACAUACACCUAGUGGUUAUUAUUCAUCUGAUCUUGAUUAUGGAAAACGAAAAAUUUACAAAACAGAUUAUAAAUAUCGUCAUUUUUAUUGUUGUAAUUUAUGUAAAGGUCGUUGUGAUUUACAUAAUCGUUCAUAUAGUUGUUGUGAAUGGUUUUAUGGAUGUCCUUUAUGGGGAUUAAUUUUAUGUGGAUUAUUUUUUCUUACUUUACUUAUAACAUUUCUUACAUUAUUUAGUUUACAACCAUCAAUAAAUUCAACACGUCGUACUGAAACAGCUGAAACACGUUUAUUAAAUCGUACACAAAUUAUUUAUGGAUUUUAUAAAAAUUGUGGUUAUCAAAUAAAUGCAACAUUUGAUACACCAACUACACUUAUUUUAUGUACAAAUACAGCAACAACAUCAACUGCACGUAUAGAAUUAUCAUCAUUUUAUACAGUAAUAAGUAGAACAAAUUCUUAUUCUUAUAGUAAAAUAUUAAUUUUAAUUUUAUUGUUUACUUGUUUUGAAAAUUUUCGAAUUUAA